AUGGCGGCGGCGCCCGACGCCCUUAACCCAGAUGAAAGCGGCGAAGCUCUGGUCUUUUCAUUCGACAUAAAUUCUAUGUGUUGCGAUAGUAUGUAUCCUACACCUGACGAGUCAUCGAAAGUGGUUGCACGGGUGAAGGAGAAACUCGCGAUUGGUGUGCCAGUUCUCAUUCGCGGAUUCAAGCUCCCUGGCCCCCAGUACAAAUUUGAUCGCCCCUCUAUGGAACAGUACAAGUCAUCCUUGCACAACCCGGUUGUAUUUCAGGAUGCGGCCAAGAGGUCUAAAUAUGUACGCUCCCUGAAAGAUGCGGGCUACAAUUCCAGCGACGAUGAGGCUGCUGAGUCCUCGGGGGACGAGGGAACACCGCCGAAGAUCUAUGGGGAGCUGCCCCUUGGAGAGUUCAUCGACAAGGCGACCUCAACCAGAAUCUGCGGGAAUCUACUUGAUUCCUACGCCCCUGAUCACUCUGGCAUGCCUUGGUUCAUUGGCCUUAUGAAUGAGCAGAAUCAUGCGAUGUUUCAGAACCGGCUCUACAACCUCGCCCUGCCUUGCAAGGCUGGCACGAAGCGUCGUAAAUUGGAAGACGCUGCUGAGCUAGCUGGACCGCAACUUAUGCAUCCAGACACAUAUCAGCUCGUCAUGUGGGACUUGAUAACGCACGGCGGAUUUGUUUCGCACACGCACCAUGAUGCUGGCGGCGCAGCAACCUGGAUGGCGAUCCGUGACGGGGCCAAAUUCUGGACGUUGAUUAAGAUGAAGACAGACGGGUUGGUUUCAAGGGAGCAAGUGCAGCAGCGCUUCAAGAGGGCAACAAAGAGUCUUCCCAAACUGUUAGAGAAAUACCACGACGAAGUGGAGCAAAUUGGUACGGUUUGCUUGGUGCCUGGUGACAUACUCAUUCAGCCCCCGAAUAUAAUGCACUGUGUGUACACGCCGGUCAAGACAGUGGCCACAGGCGGCCACUUCUACUGUUAUGACCUGUGCCAUCUGACGGAGUUGUCAUUGGACAUCGAUAGGAAGUAUGGCCAUGUCACCACCAACCAGGCUCAUCCUUCUGUCCUCAGACUUAUCGGCAACCUCGCCUUGGCUCUCCCGAAUCGAUGGGAUAAGCCCUUGCGCAAGAUCCCAUUUCUCGCGCUUGCCUUGAUGGUCUUAGACUCGAACAAGUAUGAGGGUAAUUCGAAGGGACAAGGUUCGGCCCAAUAUUAUCCACAGGGGCGGUACAUGAGGGAGAUCAAGGGAGAAUCAGCAUAUGCGAAGCAAGUCAUCAACUGUGUUCUCGACUUUAAUGGCAUUCCCGGUGAUGUACCCUCCAUGCACUCCCUCAUCCAUAAACGUCCGGGGAAAGACAUUAACAGCCCAGGCGAUGAAUAUGUAGAUCUCUCAUGUCUCAAAAGCUUCGAAUUCGUGUCUGUGGUACAGUAA